GGCUGCUGGCUCGUUUGCAGACCCGGCGAUGCGGGAAGCGGGCAGAACGCCGUCCGGGCAGCGGGGGACCCUGGCCCCCUAACCCUCCCCGCAUCAGUCAACCUGCCCGGGAGCCCCAAGAGAAGUAGGAGCCUGAUGGCAACCGGGGCCCCACGCGGCUGAGCAAAGCCAAGGCCGGGGAGCCAGGGGAGGCGGAGGAAGAGGAGGGAGGGAGGGAGAGGCGGCCAGGAGGCAGGCAUCUCCCCCCCCACUUUUUUUCCCAUCCCACCCCAGCCGUCCACCCCUACCCCUCGGAAUCCCCUGCGGACAGCCGGGCCCAUGGCCGGGGUCAGCUACUCCGCGCCCUGGUGGGUGAAUCUCUUGCACCGGCUGCCCCAUUUCAACCUGCAGUGGGAGACGACGAGCAGCCAGUUCCGGCCCGAGGACACGGAAUACCAGCAGGCCUUAUUGCUGCUGGGUAGCGUAGCUGUAUCUUGCCUGGCUCUGGACCUCCUCUUCCUCCUCUUCUACUCCUUCUGGCUGUGCUGUCGCCAUCGGAAAAGUGAGGAACAUCUUGAUGCUGAUUGCUGCUGUACGGCCUGGUGUGUCAUUAUCGCUACUCUGGUCUGCAGCGCUGGCAUCGCAGUGGGAUUCUAUGGCAAUGGAGAGACCAGCGAUGGCAUUCAUCGGGUCACAUAUUCACUUCGCCACGCAAACCGCACUGUGGCUGGAGUCCAGGAUCGGGUGACAGACACUACAGUGGCCCUCAACCAGACGGUGGAGACCAGCCUUCAGACCCUGGAGAAGCUCUACACAAAACAUACCGAUUAUCUGCACAUCGUCCAGAAACUCCAGGGGCUUCUGUAUGACUUGCUUCGGCAGACCACAGAAAUCCCCUUUUGGAAGAACAACGCGGUAUCCCUGGAGGAUCUGGCCGUGCAGGUUGAUCUGUAUGAUUGGUAUAGGUGGCUGGGGUACCUGGGCCUCCUCCUUUUUGAUGUCUUGAUCUGUUUGCUCGUGCUCUUUGGACUCAUCCGGAACUCCAAGGCCAUCCUAGUAGGAGUGUGUUUGCUGGGUGUGCUAGCCUUGGUCAUCAGCUGGGGAUCCCUGGGGCUCGAGCUGGCAGUCUCUGUGGGUUCCAGUGACUUCUGUGUGGACCCCGAUACCUAUGUAACUAAGAUGGUGGAAGAUCACUCAGUCCUUGGUGCAGAGAUCCUUCACUAUUACUUGGACUGUUCGGCUGGAUACAUAAACCCCUUUCAGCAGAAGCUGUCUGGGAGUCACAAAGCCCUGGUGGAAAUGCAAGAUGAUGUUCUGGAGCUCUUGAGGUCUGCGCUUAGAGAGUACCCCACCUCCAAGGAUUAUCUCAUACGCAUCCAGGAAGUUCUGAAUUCCACAGAGAUCAAUCUACAGCAUUUGACCGCCCUGGUGGAUUGCCGCAGCCUGCAUCUGGAUUAUGUCCAGGCUCUGACUGGCUUCUGCUAUGAUGGCGUAGAGGGUCUCAUCUACCUGGUGCUUUUCUCUUUCGUCACGGCCCUCAUGUUCAGCUCUAUUGUGUGCAGCGUUCCUCAUACCUGGCAGCAGAAAAGGGCUGCCGAUGACGAUGGGGAGGAAGAAUCUGUGGCUCCAGGAACCAGGCAGACCCAUGACAACCUCUAUCGAGUACACAUGCCCAGUCUUUACAGCUGUGGGAGCAGCUAUGGUAGUGAGACCAGCAUCCCUGCAGCAGCACACACAGUCAGCAAUGCCCCUGUCACGGAGUACAUGAGCCAGAAUGCGAAUUUCCAGAACCCUCGAUGUGAGAACACCCCUCUGAUUGGCCGAGAAUCCCCACCGCCUUCAUACACCUCCAGCAUGAGAGCCAAAUACCUCGCUACCAACCAACCUCGCCCUGACUCCAGCAGCGGGCAUUAGACACCGAUCGCAAAUGUGCCAACUGCCCCCCUGCCCCCCUGUGCUCCCUUGCCAAACCCACUCUGCUUCCCUCCCUCCACUCCUCCUGAUGCUGGCGCUGUACCUCCCACUUCUGCUGCUCCCAGCAUCUGGCCACUGGGACCCUGAGAGGCCAAGGACCACCAGGGAAUGAGCCCAGUGAGAGGGCAGGGGCUCCUGGGGCAGCUAAGGACUUACCUUCCAGCCUCCGUGAGCUGCACAGGCCACGGGCCCAGAUUCAUGUGCUUCUUCCAUAAGCCAAAUGGGAAUAUAUUAACAGAUCAGUUUCCUACUCCUCUUCCAUCUCUGUCCCUUCUGCAGAAGGAAAAGAUGCUUUGGAGGUCUGGGCUCUGGAGUGAUUCCUAACGGUGCUUCUCAUUCAUUCUGGACCAGCUUCAAGUUAUGAGGGCUUUGAGUCCAGGGUGUCCUUGUCCUGGUCAGGAAAACAGUCUCAUAUGCAUCCUUUUGUGACCCAAACAUACAUGCACUGACCCAGUCGUACACAUGCCCAUGCUGACCCAAACACCCUCACUUUGACCUAAAUGUGUACCCUUACACUGACCCAGAUAGAUGCUCACUUGGACACAUAUUCUUUUUACCAUCAAAUAGAAGUUCCCUCACGCACACCUCUUCCACACCUAACAUACACACACUUUCUGUCUCUGUGUCUCUGUUUUCAUCUCUCUGUCUGUCUGUCUCUCUUUGUCCGUCUCUCUCACGCAUGCAUGUACGCACCCACGAGCCAUGCUUCCUAGCUCACCACUUUUAGCUUCUUGUUAGAGGCCUUAAUCCAGAGUUAGUCUCCAUCUACAGGGAGGUAGAUUGUGAGUCAUGGUAAGAACCUCUGCCUCCCCUACCCUUCAAAGUCAACGUCAUUUUCUCACUGCCUUCUCUUCCUUUCUCUGGUCCUCACUUUGUCUCCUGGAGCCUCUGAGACAAUAGUGUUUAAAUUCCUUGUCCGUGUUAGGGUGAGCAUCAGGUGCCUGGUGCCAAACCGAAGGCUUGGGCCUGUUUACUUCCUUGGCCUUCCCCUAACCCUGGGUUGCCCCUUUGCCCCUGUCUCCUCUCCAGUGUGGCUAUCCAGAAUCUACCGGGAGUCAGCAAGAGCUGUCCACCUCCUUGGUGCCAAAUUUUUUUUUUUUUUGCACUAAUCACAUUUGUAAUCUCUAGGCAGAACACUUUAUUGGUUUUUCCAGAGAUAUGGGCCAGAUGAGAGAUCCUUAGGGUAUAGUGGUUGCUGCUGGACUACUUCCCUGCUCCCUUCUUUUUUUCAUUUUUUUUUUAAACCCAGGAAUAGAAGCAUUGCACUCCCAGCAAGAUCUCUGGGAGGCUGGGAUUCAGGUCCCUGCUUCUCUAGGCCUCUGUUUUGUUUGCAUCAGAAAUAGAAAGCCAAGGACUCAUGAGCCAGCUAUGAAUGGGAGAUGUGUCUCCUCCCUCCUCCUCCUGCUCUUCCUGGCUCUAACCACUAACCUCACUUCCCACAUGUCCCUGGACUCCUCAGACCCCUGGGCCUGGAUGGCAGGGAGGAGCAGGGCCAGGACCAGCGGCUUUGAUGGUAGCCUGAGUCCAAGGCCCCUUGCUCCCAGAAGAGAUGGUUCAGCCAGGCCAGCACUCCUCCACCUCCACCUCUUCCUCAUCCAGAAAUGUUACCCACACUGUGGUUUCCAGAAUGGAGAAAGCAAUGAAUGGAGGAAGGGGAGAUUUUAAUCUUCUACUAAUAGGGUAAAAUUGCUUCAGCAAAGUGCUCAAGAGAGAAGAGCAGCCGAGAUGUUCCUUGUUCCGGAGAUUCUAUGAGCAGAGUGUGCCUCCAACCAGUCCCAGGCUUUUCAGCCAUUCUGAGUGGCCUCUGUGUAGUUGUCCUGUAGACCUGAGAGAAGAGUGACCCACGAGAUGGCUGAACAGACGUCUUAAGUUCCUUCUGUCUGAAGUAUGAGCUAGGGCUGGCCGCUGAACCUCUGUGUCUCAGUCUCCCUGUCUGUGAAAUGGGAAUGAGACAUCUACCAUAAGGUGCUUGCUGCCUUGGUGUGCAGAAUACUCAUGACAUGUUCUGAGUCUGCCAUUCUGCCUCCCUUCUCCUUUUUGGCCAGAAAGCUAGGGAGAGCCGCCAUCUUCCUUCCCUCUGUCCCACCUCCUCUCCCUCGUACCACCUACCUACUUGGCAAACUGUUUACCAGAGACAUGAGGUAUCUAGGCCCAAAGAGCCUAGAGUAGAUCCAAAGUGCUGGACUGUCAGGGUUGGGGGCCAUACCAGAGUCCAUCUAUCACAGGCCAAAGGGAGCCUAAAAUUUUGUGUAGUGAAGAGAGGAAACAUCAACUAAAAACUCAUGAUUGGUCCCUUCUGGGACAGGCAGCUAAGACAAGCAGGUGAGAAGACCCACAAUCCCAUUUUUACUGAAAUGACCCAUGCUUACAUCUCCCUGGGCCAUUUUAAAAAUCUCUCCUCUCCUGUCUGUAUGCUCCCUACCCCCAUUCUGUUCAUACCCCUCAUUAAUGGUCCCUGGGUACUUAAGAGUUAGGCUAGAACAGCAAUUUUCAAAGCAUAGUCUGGGGACCCAUGGGGUAGGACCCUUUCAUAGGGUCCUCAAAGAAAAAACUAUUUUCAUAAUGCUAAAAUGUUUUCAUUUCUAAUAUGGUAAGCAUCCAUAGAUAUGACCCAUAUAUUAGCAAAAGCUCUUUGAAGGGGGUCCUCAGUAAUGUUUAAGAAAAAUGUAACGGGGUCCUGAGACCUGCUGGGCCUAAAAGAACAAGGGUCACAAUGACAACUCUAUUUCUGAGAACAAGGAAGUUUCGAGGAUGUAAAGGGGUUGGCAUGGCCUGUCCUGGGAAGGAUUCAAGUUUCACAGGAGCGGCAGGAAGACGAGCCCCAUCUGGAGCUAGGUUUUAGGUGGCCAAAGCCCUACUGAACACCCAUCACUGACAGCUAUAACUACAUGCUGCCUCCCCCCCACGCACUUGAUGAUUCAAAAAAAAAAAGAGCAGGCAGGGCAGUCUCUGUCCAGAGACCUCAGCACUCGACACACAGAACAGGACCACCUGGAAUGAAGUCCCUGCAAAGGGAGGUUGUGUUUCAGAGGCCGGAAGAAAGUUGCUGCCUGUGUCAGGGGAUCCCUCAUGGGAAAAACCAACUUGUGCUAUGACAACCUGGUCCGCUACCCCUCUUCUUAAAGGCCUACUUCAAAGGAUGCCAGGCUAGGUGGUGGCAACAUGAUAGCAACAGCACAACCUAGAAUCAGUCAGUGGUCCUCCGGUGCCAUUGAGAACCUCAGGGGUGUCUGGAAGGGAGAUCCUUUGACUCAGCCCCUCAUCUGACCUCAGACUCCUUCAGGGAAGGCACCAAGGUUUUCCAAGUCUGGCAAGGUGCCUCUCCCCCGGGGGAUGCUGGGAUAGCUCCCACCUCCAUUCACAGCAGCUCCUUCCAACAUCCCUAGCAGUGGAGUUAGGAGCAAGGCAACAAUGUCCUAUUGGUCCUUCUGGACCUUUUUUUUUUUUUUAACCACUCAUGUGAGCUGCUGGCCUCCCAUCUCUGGGCCACAGACAACCUCCUGAACAUCAUCACUAGGAAACCUUGGAAGCUGCCAUCAGGAACUUCCUCUGUGUGAAACAUCUCCAGUCUCCUCUCUUCCCUUCUAUCACUGCAUUCUGGACGUGGAUGUGAUUGAGCCUCGGCUGUCUCUGUGUCUUUUUUUUUAGAAGCACAAACAUUAAUUAUCAGCUUUGUCUGGUAUGUUCAGCUUUUUUCCAUCGCAUCCUGAUGAGCAAAAAAAAAAGGAAAAGAAAAAAAAGAACCCACCACUGAUCAGACCAACCACCUCCCACAAAAAAAGCAAAAAAGCAAAAAAAAAAAAAAAAGCCCUCCAGUUCAGGGAGGGA